AUGAAUAUAUCAAAAUCCGAUGCAGAUUUUUUACUGGAUCUUUUUCAACAUGUUCCACCUUCACAUGUUGCUUUAUUCUUACGUCUUAUUCGGCUCUAUCCAAUGAAUGUUGUCGAUGAUUCUAUGAAACGAGAACAAACCAUUCUGGCUAUUAUCAAUGAGACCAUUAGUACUGAUUAUAAGCCCGAUAUUUGGCCAAAAAUUAUGUCUAUUAAUCGGAUACCAGAAUUAGUUGAACAAAUAUUACUUAGUAAUGAGCAUGAACGUUUAGUAUCAACAAUUGCAAAGUUACAACUUAGGUUCAAACUUCAGCCUCAUCGUUUACUGAUUCAUCAGUUGGUUCCAACUUGGACGACAUGCUUUGUAUGUCACAAUCGAUUAGAUGAACCAAAAUUUGAUGAAAUUAGUAGUAUUCUUAUACGUGAGAAUGUUUAUUCAUGUGUCAUAUAUAAAAAUGAAUGUUGUGAUCUUAUUUACAAGUACGGUCAUGUACGUAAUCGUCGGACGCGAGAACGAUUUGUAACACCUGAUGCGAUUUUCAACCAAAAGUUUUUACAUUUAUUUGAUGAUGUGAUGUAUGAAUGUCAAUUAUUAGUUGCAUUCACAAAUCUAUUUUACGAAGCUGCGACAAGUUUCCAGUCUUAUUCAAAUGCAACGAAUUCGAAUAUUGAUUAA